GCUCGCUAUCCGUUGCCCGCCAAACUGCGAUUCCUUAAAUGACUUCUGCUGCCCCCCAGAAGGGGCGCCUUUCGACAGCUGAAGGAUUUGUCUGUGGUGGGAUCGCAGCGUGCAUCGCAGUAAGUACACGAUGCUUCAACUACCGCCGCGUUCCUCCCAGAGGGCUAUCGAUACCAAACCCCUGGUUUUAGGUGACUGUCUCGAAUCCGGCUGAGGUCGCCAAAACGCGUUUGCAAUUGCAGGGCGAGCUGGCAAAAGCUGGAACUCCGAAAGUGUACAGCAGUGCCUUAGAUGCCAUAAGGAAAACGUACGCGAACGAAGGGAUUCGGGGAAUACAACGUGGACUAGGACCUGCCAUUGCAGACCAGAUACUUUUAAAUGGCUCCCGGCUGGGUUUUUACGAGCCUCUUCGGCGUAAUCUGAAUGUUCUCUUCGGCCGAAAUCCCGACGAGCAAUCACCCUUCACCGCAGUGCUCGCCGGUGCGACGAGUGGGGCAGUCGGAGGUGGAGAAGCACUGUAUGCAGUGUUUUGGAAGGUGCUGAAACUCCUCCAGCUUCGUUGGGCAGUCCUUUGUUCUUGGUGAAGGCGCGGAUGCAAGCAUAUUCGCCUGCGCUUCCGGUCGGAGCUCAGCAUUACUACAAAAGUUCUUUUCAUGCGCUAUCGACUAUAUUCAAAGCGGAGGGGAUUCGGGGGCUGUUCAGGGGUAUAGAUGCGGCCAUCUUACGAACGUCUAUGGGGUCUUCAGUGCAACUGCCGAGUUACAACUUGGCCAAAACUCUUCUCGUCGACCACGGCAUUCUUCCUGCAAACAGCACCUGGACAUUCCUUGCCAGUAGCGCUGUCUCCGGGGCUUGUGUUUGCAUAGCAAUGCAACCGGCAGACACAGCAUUGACACGAAUGUACAAUCAGCCAACGGCUCCAGGCCCUGAUGGCAGGCUUGUCGGUACCUUGUACAAGAACCCCAUCGACUGUCUGUGGAAGACCUUCAAGGCCGAGGGAGUCCGUGGCUGGUACAAAGGGUCGACUGCGCAUUUUAUGCGCAUUGCACCUCACACGAUAAUCACACUCACUGCUAAUGACCUUAUCAUCAAUCUUUACAAGAAGAUGCGAGAUGGCGACGAGUAAUACAUGGGUUCAUACAUAGUCAGUCACAGCCAUUCAGACCAGACUUACAAUCACCCUGCCUGCGUUGCACGGGUCCUCCUGCACAGAAUAUGUCCACUGCCUAGUUCGUACCCUCAACGUGUAGAAAGAGUGUCCCAAUAGACGCCACGCACCGUUUGAUAUGGCUGGUAACUCGAGGCUUGAGUGUGGAGCGCUGAUCUGCUGAAUGUCGGCCUUUGCCUGCUCAGAACGUUCAUCGUAGUGAAGACUGAAAACCGUCAGAAUUACACACCGGUUAUGAACGAGAUCUGUCUCCUCUUGCCCUUCGCCUGACGUAUCGACAAGUCGACUUUCUCAAGCGCUUCAUCAAUGUACAGAUUAUGCAGAUCAAUCGUGCCGGGUGGUAGGUUCUCAUGUCGACUUCAGCACAAGUUCCGCACGGAUCAGCUGCCAAAACCUACCCUGUUGUUAUCUGACGAAUAGAUAUUCGAUUAGUAGGACGGGCAUUCAGGAUCGCUUACGGUCAAAGAUGAUCUGGCACGCUUUGACGUUAUGCUUCUUCCUGAGUUUUCGGAGCUCAUUCGCACGGGUGCUAUGCUUGGGCAGCGAAGCCGCCAUCUCACGCGCAAUCCUGGCGGACUCUCGAUACGUGGCCUAGAAAUGCCAUGGAGAGCUUGAGGAAAGUACUGCGAUUGAACGAACCGCUUCGUCUGGGAUACGCGCCCAGGCGUCCGCUGGGUUUGAGGGCUCAUGUUCGAACACCUCGUGUCCGAAAUCGGUAUCUGUAUCCGAUCCGCCGAUCGGAGGAAGACAACAGUGCGAGGUCGGAGAUGGAUAUCCAAGCGGUGUUGACUUCUGGGGUGGAACGCCUAUAUUUUGCGAAUGCGCCCUCGAUAUUGGUGAGCGCCUCGGAGGGAGAGAUUUGGACAGCCGUUGCCCGAAUUGCUCCGGGAUGGGUGGAUAGAGAUUAUCAGGCGAUUGGUAUAGACCUGUCGACUGUACAUCACAGUCGCUGUGAGUGUGCGAUACGCAGUGGUUGACUUCAAAGCUGUAGUAGUCGAACUGGCAGUAAGUUGCUUGUGCUUCACUCCUCAAAGAGUUCCCCGAAGCAUCCGUCGCAUCGACCCUCAUCACACCGGUCGUCGCACCGCUCUCCUUGGCUUGAUCCACCUCCCCUUCAUCGUCAGAUUUGAGGAACAGAUACCAGACAGCGUAGGCGGCGGCGGCUCCAAGCAAGACGGUGCGGCCCCAAACGCCCAUGGCCCCAAGGCACUGGCCGGCAGGGAUGGGUGGCAGCAGACAACGACGGCAGCGGCGAUAGCGCGAUUUAGCCAAACAGUCAACAAGUACUCAGACGUUGUAGACAAACAUCACGUAAGAACGGACGCUUCCGCAGCGCGCUCAAGUGCUUGGGAUGGGGCUUGGACGGUACUUGAUUACAGGUGAUGCUUUGAUUGAGUCCGAGUCGAUCGUUGAUAUCCUUCAACGUACAAGUCAGCGGCGCCGCCGGAGAUACAUUGCGUGGUGGCAGAGAACACAGAGAUGGUGCAAGUUUACUGGGCGCUGUUCAGGUGAGACCGAGAUGAAAGGGUUUUGUUCGGAGAAACUGUCAGGCGAGCAGGACAGUAAAAACGGCAUCUGUCCAAGAGUCAUGAAUUGGUCAAGACGAGUCAGCUCCAAACAGGUUUGAACGCAGAACAGACUUCUCGUGCUCAAAGUCCUCACAAGACCAUGUGCACGUGCCUCCCAGGAAAUGUGGAGAAAUCCAAAUGGGGAAGUCACUUCUCAUUCAUCUUCGAUCGAUGAUCGACACCCCGCAUUCUUCCACUGCACGGCUCUCGGAAUCCGCCUAGUCCCAUACAACUAACUGCACAAAGAGCCUUCGUGCCUCAUGAAAUCUUGCGGCUCUCUUUCCGGAUGUCCGGGAGCGUGGGUGUCACAGACACAGUGAUAGGCCUACCGCGUUGCUUCCGCCAUGCUUCUUCGUGGCUGCCGAGCGGCACAUGAUACAUGAACUCGAAAUACCUGAAUCUACUUAGCACCGUUUCCGGCAACAGGUGAUGGCUUCCUCCGGUCGUGCAAAUUAUAAGAAGGCGACUUUCAUGCACCGACAUCACUGCCAUGGCUCGUUUUCUUCGCCUCCUUGCAAUCUCUCUGGUGCCCGCAGUCCUCGCGUUCAGCCCCGGCUUUCCGUACGGAUCGCAGAAGGUUCGCGGCGUGAAUCUGGGUGGCUGGCUCGUGCUCGAGCCAUGGAUCACCCCUUCGCUGUUUGACAACACCGGGAAUAACAACAUCGUAGACGAAUGGACGUUUUGUCAGCUUCAGAGUCGUUCAACAGCUUCGGCCGCCCUCACCAACCAUUGGAACACCUGGAUCACUGAGUCAGACUUCGCAGCAAUAGCCGCGGCUGGCCUCAAUCACGUUCGCCUCCCCAUAGGCUAUUGGGCAUUCGAAGUCGGUCCCGGAGAGCCUUACAUCCAAGGACAACUCGCGUACCUGAACAAAGCCAUAACUUGGGCCACAAACCACGGCCUCAAGCUCAUUGUCGAUUUACACGGCGCCCCAGGUAGCCAGAACGGCUUCGAUAAUAGCGGACAUCGAGUUUCCACGCCACAAUGGCAUUCGAAUAACACCAACGUUCAAAGAACAGAUGCUAUCAUCAAGACGAUUGCGAGCAUGGUGCGCGACAACACGGCGAAUGUUCCGAUCAUCGCCCCGCUCAACGAGCCCGCGGGAUUUGUGAGUGCGGAUGUACUGUCUGUUGUGCGCCAGUAUUGGUAUGAUAGCUUUGGUAACAUUCGAUAUCCAUAUGGAACGUCACAGCAAAGCAACACCGUGGAACUCAUCCAUGAUGCUUUCCAGCCUUUGAGUUAUUGGAAUGGUGUUCUCACGUACCCCAACUACGAAGGCGUGGCAAUGGACACCCACAUCUACACGAUCUUCUCGAACCCUGAAGUUGCGAUGUCGCAAUCACAGCAUAUAUCCACCGUUUGCGCCAAACAAUCUUCGCUUUCGUCGUUUGAUCUUUGGGUUAUCGCCGGAGAAUGGACGCCUGCUGCCACGGACUGCGCCAAAUAUCUCAACGGUCGUGGAGUGGGAAGUAGAUAUGACGGGUCCUUCUCCGGCUCUACACGUAUCGGUAGCUGCACUGGACAGUCGGGAGCUGCAACCUCAUUCAGCUCAUCAUACAAGACCUUUUUGCGCCAGUUCUGGGAAGCUCAAGUAAUAUCAUACGAGAAGGGCCAAGGAUGGAUACAGUGGACUUGGAAGACAGAAAGCGGGAACGGUGAAGAGUGGAGUUAUCAGAAGGGUUUGCAAUUUGGAUGGAUUCCUCAGGAUCCGACGAAUCUCAUGUAUCCCAAUAUAUGCAGUCAAUGAGCCGAGUAGAUACCUGUUCAUGUAUUUAUAUCCUAGGUUUCUAAUGUGCAGUCACAGUCACGUGACCUAGUGACAAGACGCGCGAGAAUCACGUGCAAUUUGCCAAUCAACACAAACAUUUGGGAUACGCCGUCUAUUCAUUUCCUACUGGCAGAGGCCCAGUUGCAUGCAUCGUUAAUGUUCCGCUCAGCCAAUACGCUUCAAGACUAUCCAGUGCCGAAAAGACCCAGGCUCUCUGCACCUGCUCCCGACGACCCCUUACAGACGACAGAAGGCGCAAGCUUCGGGAGGACGCCGCCUCACACGAAUAGUUCACAACCAUCAUCCAGUGCCCCGGGCCGUGACGAUGCACGACCACCUCCCCGCGAUGACCCCGACAAUCCGUUUUCUGCCACAGCAGUUUCUGGCUUCGCCCCGGCUACCAAGUUAGCAGGAUUUGGCUCUGCAGCCUCCGCUUUCAGCUCUGCGCAACAAAGUUACGGGGGCGAAGAAUGUGCUCCGACCUCAUCCCCCGAAGUUCCUCCACCAGAGCCGGACUACGACGCAUGGUUUGCGCCUGCGACGGACAUGCCACCCCCUGCGUUCCAGACGGCCAGAUUUGCCUCAGCAUCGAUUGGAUUCAUUAAAGCGUCAAAUAAAGGUCGUUUGGAGCCAUCGAGCGAGGCACUCGCCAAAGCAAAAGCUAAGAUCGAUGCUAUAUGGGCUGGGGAUCAGGUUGGCUAUAGCUCCUCUGUGAUCACUGAAUCCCAUGUAGGCGUGGAGAACAGCUUCACUAACGCAUCCAACGUUUCUCGUCUUUUGUCUCCGGAGAGACCUGCGUUAAGAGUCCUCGACAACUCGUUCAACUCCCCGGGCACUCCGACGCCGGGCGAGUCGCGAGCAUUGGCUUCAUUCACCUCUGCUUCAACAACUUCAGCUUUCACAUCCCCAUUGCUCAGCAAAUUUAAAGGGAAGACUAAACCCUUCAAACCUCCCCUUCUCUCGAAACCGGGUUUCGCCAGUUCACCUUUAGUUCCGCGUACAGGUUUCGCCACUGCGUCCAGUCAACAUUCGUUUCCUACUUCGUCAACAAUCUUGCCUCAAACUCCACUCCGUCCAGCUGCAUUGGUAUCCGCUACACCCCUCAGUGUCCCUCGUAGCAGAGCGAGGCCACCUACGUUCAUCACUCCUUUCAAGCCAGGCAUGAAGCCAGGGGAACCUGGUAGAAAGCAGUUGGAGAAAAAAGAAACACCCAAGAUCCAAUCUUUGACGCCUUCUCGCCCGACUCGCGCAUCCUACUUCGAUCUGAGUCGACCUUCCGAGCGACAAACGUUGCUGACUUCUGGCUUGACACCUCAGGCACAUACAGAGGAAGAACUAGACGACAUGGGAAUUGUAGUCUCGGAAAUGAAGCAGAUCACAUUGGCCACAGCACCGUACUACUCUUUCCAUGUUGAAUCAUCGCCUGCUUUACUCGGUCCAACUGCAGCAUUGGCAGAACUGUUAUCGCGGGGUUGUUCUUUGGCUACCAGGUCAUGGGUGGAUAACCACUGGUCGCUUGUUUUAUGGAAACUCGCUGGGAUGGUCGGUAUGGAUCCGGAGCGGGAAAAUAGCCCCAACACCAAGCGGUGGUGUUGGGCAGAAGUGAUGCGGCAAUUAUUGUAUCGGUAUGAGCGUGAACUCAACCGAGGUGUUAGACCCGCCUUGAGAUGUAUCACUGCUCGAGACUCGCCUGCGUCUUGUCCGAUGGUUCUAUGCAUUUCGGAUAUCACGUGGUCACAGCCCAGCAUCGCAGAAGACGGUUCACCGAUCCCUGCACAUCCUGAGCUGGAGCUCACCGACGGAUGGUACCGUCUCCGGGCACAGGUGGAUGCUCCAAUGGCAAGAGCUGCUCGCAGAGGACUGCUCACCAUAGGUCGCAAGUUGGGAAUCAUGGGUGCCCGGCUUUCAAACGACCGCAAAGAUCCAUCUGAAGUGCUUGAAGCAUAUGACUCGAUGAGACUAGAGCUAUCAGGCAACUCUUGCCAUCUGGUGCCGUGGCACACCAAGAUGGGGUUCCAGGAUGCAUCGUGGGUGUCAACAAUGCACAGUUUGUCCAGUGACGGAGGGAUUAUUGCUGGAAUGGAUCUCGUCAUAGUCAAGACAUAUCCUAUCGCAUUUCUCGAAUUUUGGGAAGACGAGAACGGGGAGAAACACCGAGAGGGACCGUGGAAUCAGCGAGAUGAAGAUAAGGCUGCCGAGAAAUGGAUGAGGAAGAGAGAGAUACAGCAGGCUCGGCUGCAAGAAGAGCUGUCCAAGAAAGAGUCACGGUACCAAGGCUACGCAGAACGGCUGGAGCGUCGUGCAGGUCCUCAUGUCCCACGGCCUGACAGUGAAGAUCCCCCGGAUGACAUUGAUGAAUUGUAUGACGAGCUCGAGAACCCGAAGGACGCAGCCAAUGUUAUUGCUCGCACCAACGGGAAGGUGGCCGGAUGGCUUGCUCGAAGCAUUCUUGAGCGCCUCGACAAAGACAGAGAACGAGCUGCAGAAGAGAUUGAGCGAGAACUAAAGUCGAUUUGCCCACCCCGGGAAGUGCGGAAUUUCCGAGUGCUCAUUGUCCAGGAUGCAUGCACUCGACGCAGGCAGGCGAACAGAUCCGCCCAGCUGACGGUUUGGGAUGCUCUGGAUGCGAAGCUCGACGAAGGACAGCGAUACGCUGUGACGAAUCUCGUGCCAACCUCCAUCAGUGCUUGGAUGGACCGCCACGAAGAACAGUCCGAAAUUUAUUUGGGCACCCGGCGGGAUUCGAAAUGGAAAAGAUUGUAGCACAGAAACCAUUUGUAACAUUUUUGACAAAAUGUUUGUACGGAGAUAAUUUUCUCCUAUCUGCACAGCGUCGCACGUGUCAUUUUGAUCAAACAUCGUACAACCUCUGGCCCUUCUCCAGAACUUCGAUCUCACCCCGUAUACCCUCAGAUACGGUCCUCUGUCCUCGCUAGCUUGUGCUCUCAUUUGCUUUCGCAAUGCCCGAGUACGUCUAUGCGUUACACGACUUCACUCCGGAGCAUGAGGACGAAGUAUCGUUUCGGAUCGGCGAGCGCAUUGAGGUCAUUGAGAAGGACGACCUCUACAGUGAUGGAUGGUGGAGAGGGCGGAAUCUAGCAGGGAGGGAGGGUUUAUUUCCCCAGAGCUACACUACAUCUGCCGAACCGCAGACCGAGGCCUCGCCGACACCGGCGUCCACCAUUAUUUCUCCUGCACCGACUGAGACAAUCAGCGCCCCUCUCCAGUCGCUCGCAGAGGAGCCGGAGUCAGUCUCCGUAUCCCCGGUCUUACAUACUCCGCAAGUUCAACUCAAUGGGCAGGGAGCGGACGAAGCGGUCGAUGGCGCGGAUACCAACGGGGAGGUCAUGAAGGCGACUAUGACCGACGUCCAGAAAGCCAUCGAGCAGCUCGGCAGCCGCACCAGGGACAGCAGCAUGAAUCUGGAUCACGAUGCUCGAUCCUUCAGCUUUGCCUCCACACGAGAUAACCUCACAACAGACGAUGAAGAGGAGGAGACGGACUACGACAUGAGCGAGGGCGAGGGCCAAGGCUGGCACAAAGGAGCCCGGCGCAAGCUUGCAGAGAAAGCACGGCAAGCGGUCGCGGAGGCCGAAAAGCUUGAGGCGCUGUCGGCAGGCCCGAGCCGGAUCGUCGUCCCCCCAAUCUCCGUGGAGCUCAGCGACGAGAGUGACGUCGAGGACGACGAGGACGGAGGAGAAACUUUCUCCGAAGACAACUUUAACUCUCCAGUACGGGAUCACCCCUACAUUCCUGAAGAGGAUGAGCCUUCGGAAUCCGUCGAUGGGCUCGGACGCAUGCGGGUUGCUGAAGACAUCCCUGCGACGGCGACUGUGUCUUCAUUCCAACUGCCUACGGAAGUCCCGCCCAGCCCUGUAUCUCCAGUGUCGCCCACUCUGCCAGAGCUCGUAGCCCCGACCCCCAUCGUUGCCCCUGUUGUUGCUGCCGUGGAACCGGAGCGGAUGCACACCCCAGCUCGCGACACAUUCGGCAUGGUCUCCCCGGGACUUCCUUCUCCAGCUUUGUCCGCUGGAGCCGCUGCUGUUGGUUCCAAACACAGCAGCUUAGCUUCUACAUCCGCUGCUGGUCUAGCUGUCGGUAUCCCAUCCAAGCCGAGUAGUGUCGGUUCUGCGCCUCUUUCGGCGCAGAGCGAGAGCAAGAGACACGACGAUAGUGGGAACGCCAGCGCUAGCAGCACAUCAAAGCACCCGUCAGAGUGGACAGUUGACGAAGUUGUCGACUGGCUCAAGAGCAAGGGCUUCGACGAGGAUGUGUGUGACAAAUUCACUGAGCAAGAAAUCACAGGGGAUGUGCUCAUCGAGCUAGAUGUGAAUCUGUUGAAGACCGAAAUCGGCAUCAUGGCCUUUGGGAAGCGCAUGCGCAUUGCCAAUGCCAUUGUCGAUCUUCGGCGUCCACCGUCACCAUCUGCUUCGUUCCAGAUGCCGCCUAAUUUCCAGCAGCAGAACAUGCCACAAUAUGCUAUGGUGUACACAAAUUCCCAGAGCUCGCAACAAUUCCCGGGCUCAGCACCUCACAACGGGUCGCCGCAGUACAAUAGCUCGCCGCAUCACGUCGGGCACUCGCGCUCUCAGUCGCAAUCACAUUCCCAGAAAUCAUACAACGCACACCACAGUCUGCAGUCCUCCGUCGGCUCACCGCUUCAGAACGGAUAUUUAGCGCAAACCUAUGGUGUAUCUCAUGGAUUGGGUGAAGUCUCCGGACUGCCUGCAGAAGGUGCCCCGAUUGGGCUUGGCAUUCCCCUUGAUCAGAUCAAUGGCAGUCGGUCUAAGGGCCGACCUGCUCAAUUGAUGCUAUCGCCCAGCGAUGGCGCGCUGAAUGUGUCGGCCACGCAAGCUGCUGACGGGGAGACGCAGGAGGACGAGAGAGCGGUCAUGAGCGAGAGCGAGCUUCCGGCACCCAAUACGUCUUCAAAGAAAAAGUUCUUUGGGACCGGAGGACGGUCGCCGCUGGCCUCGCCCAUUUCGUCAACGCACGUCGACAAGGCUGAGAAGGAAGGAAGCGUCAACUCGAAGGACGCCGAGUCGGCUGCUGACGUCAAGAGCGACUCUGGCAAGGGCACCGUGAAGAAGAAGGCGUCGACCGUCCGUCAUUCCCGAGGGAAGAAGAGCAUUGAUGGGAAUGCCAAGUCGAACGACCGACUGAGCAUCUUCGGCACCUCGUUUGGUCCCACGCUGGGUCGAAAACCUGCCCCUCGAUACUCCGGUGCUGCUGAUGAGGAGAAGACGGAAAAGCCUGAUAAAACCGAGAAGCCGGCGGACAAGGCUGGCUCCGGUUUCACGCUCCCUCGACUGGCCCGCAAGUCUGGUCGUCCGUCAACGCCGGGAGGCGGUGUUUCGGGCGGAGGCGUUUCGUCGCAGACCCCCAGUGCCGAUGGUCUUCCCCCACAGCCGACUUCUCCUAAAGACGGGAGCUCGCCGACACUCUUGCGCAAGCGGACUGCGUCGAAUCACGCCACGGAUAGUACCAAGGCAGCAAGUAUUGCUACUAAAGUGAACGCUACCGGGGCUGAACCGGGUGCGGCUGCCGGUGUGACCAAGCUCAAGCCAGGCAUGAGCAUCAUCGAGCAGAUCGGUGCGUCGGACCACUCGGGCUGGAUGAGGAAGAAGAGCGAGCGGUACAACAGCUGGAAGCUGCGCUACUUUGUGCUCAAGGGGUCGGAUCUGUACUGUUUGAGGAGCAGCAACAAAGCGGAAACCAAGAUCAAGGGCUACGUGAACAUCGUGGGGUAUAAGGUUACUGUGGACGAGACGAUUAACCCUGGGAAAUACGGAUUCAGGAUCGACCAUGAUCAUGACAAGACACACUACUUCAGCUCGGAUGAGAAGACGAUUGUGCGAGACUGGAUGAAGGCUAUCAUGAAGGCCACCAUCGGACGAGACUAUUCCAAACCGGUCGUGUCAUCGUGCAACAUACCAACUAUACCCUUGAUCGUCGCGCAAACCAUGAAUCCUGCUCCCCGGCCCCCGUCACCGACGGCACGAGCUGCCACCCAACGAGCACUGAGGCGGGAGAAUACGGACCAGCCGUCUACCCGGGAUGCCCGAGUGUUGAUGCUGACCGGAUUCGCGACGGCAGAAUCCGCGCCGAAAGAGGAAAGGACAAGACUGGAGUCAUUCUUCACGAACGAGACGACGGAGAGCGGAACAGGCUCUGCGCCAGGGACUCCCAUGUCGUCUGCGCCGCCGCGGCCGUCACGGCGAUUGUCGCAGCAGACGACAGCGGCAGCCCCCGUGGACGAAGGAUUGAUUGAGUGGGCCAACGGGCAUCUUCCGUCGAAUAUGCGCAUCAUGGAUACCGCCGGCCCAUUGUGCGAUGGACUGGGCCUGAUGCGCAUUGCUGAGUCCAUCAAAGGGCGGCCGAACUCGCCGCCUGUGCUUGACUCUGCUUUCCCGAAAGGCCCGACGGAUGACAACCUGGACGGCCUGUUCAAGCUGUUCGACUUUUUACUGGAUAACGAGGUCCGGAUGGGGAGUGUGAGCAUCAACGACGUUCGGCAGGGCAAACGGGACAAGAUUGUGCAGCUUCUGCGGGGACUGAAGGCUUGGGAGGAGAAACGGAGGGCAUUGGCUAAUUCUAUCGGUCGGGGCUCCGGUCAAGCAGGCAGCUUUAUGGCACCUGCCUAG